AUUGGCAUUGGCAUUGACAUUGGUCAGGGAGCAUGGGUCCGGAACUCGUGCUCCACCUCGAGAUCGCCGCGGUGGUCCUCAUGGCGGUGAUCAUCGUCGCCGUGGCCGUCAUGGCCUCUGGCGGAGCCUGCGACGACGCCGCGGGGAGCGCCGCGGUGCACGACGCCGACGUCGAGCGCGCCCUCGGCGAGGCCACGCUCAUGACGUACGAGCAGGCGGCCGCCAGGAAGAAGGAGAAGGAGAAGGGGAAGCAGCAGGAGGAGGAGGAGGAGCGGUGCGCCAUCUGCCUGUUGGAGUACGCCGAGGGCGAGGCCGGCGAGCUGGUGCGGGUGGUGCCGGCCUGCGGGCACUUCUACCACGAGAGCUGCGGCAUCGACAAGUGGUUCCGGAAGAGCCGGACGUGCCCGCUCUGCCGCGGAGGGCUCGGGCCGCCGCCGCCAACGCCGCUGCCGGGGUUGCCGCGGCCGGAGUGCCCGCCGAUGCCGCCGCGGAUGCCGCCGUCCCAUUAGCUUAGCGUGUCUUCUUCUUCGACGAUUGUUAGGAUUUGCAUUUUUCUGCGGAUUGCAGAGGCGUUGUAAGUAUCAUCUGUUCUCCGUUGAUUCCAAGGAAAUGUUUCGUGUUGACGCGAA